AUCUGGGAUUACAAGCUGACGUAGCCGGAGCCACGUUCAUGGCAGCCGGAAGUUCCGCCCCUGAGUUCAUGACUUCCGUAGUCGGUGUGUUCUUUGCUGAGAGCGAUGUCGGCGUUGGAACCAUCGUGGGGUCUGCUGUCUUUAAUAUCCUCUUCAUCAUCGGAGUUUGCGGUGUAUUCGCUGGAAUGGUGAUUGAGCUGACAUGGUAUCCCUUGGUGCGAGAUACACUGUACUAUCUCCUCUCUGUGCUCACUCUCUUCCUCAUUAUCAUGGACCAACACGUCAACUGGUAUGAAGCCCUUAUCAUGGUCCUACUCUACUGCUUCUACAUCAUACUCAUGUACUUCAACCGCACAUUGGAGGCAAACUCGAGGGCUUGGGUUCGAGGCCUGCUCUCCCGGUUUGGGCGCCAGCCUCUUGUGGAGAAACCGCCGGACAAUGUCAUACCUGACGAGAUGAAGCGAGCCAGAGCACACAGAAAAGUAAACGUCGUAGAGUCUAUAGCAAUGACUCGUAGAGGCUACAAAAGUUUUGAGAAUGAAGAGGAUGGCCGUAUCAGCCAAUCAUCAAUGACCCUGUCCAUGUCUCGGGAGUACGAGAAGCCUCCGCACGGUGUGGAGACGCCCGUUCCCGAGGAGCAGGAGACGUCCAUAGAGAACAACACAGCUGAAGCCACGCCCUCUAACACAUUUUCUAAGAAUGGUGAAAUAAUGACAGUGUCAGAGUACGAGUCUGUGUGGACGAUACCCGACUCAUUCUUCAUGCGAUGCGUGUUCGUCCUCAUCUGCCCAAUUAAGGCCAUCUUCUACGUCACAGUCCCUGAUAGCAGACGACCUGGCAUCUGGGCCCGCCUGUAUCUCCUCUCCUUCCUCAUCUCCGUGGCUUGGAUCAGUGGACUCACCUACAUCAUGGUCUGGAUGGUCACAAUAACAGGAGAUGCGUUGGAUAUACCGGACACAGUGAUGGGACUGACGCUCUUGGCUGCUGGCACCAGUGUACCAGACUGUCUGGCUAGCAUCUUUGUAGCCAGAGAUGGUUACGGCGACAUGGCGGUGUCCAACUCACUGGGCAGUAACGUGUUCGACAUCCUCCUCUGUCUCGGCUUACCCUGGCUCAUUGAGUCCGCUUCCAACAACGGUGACAGCGUCAGUAUAACCAGCAGAGGACUCAUCUACUCGUCCUUGACCCUCCUAGCGACCGUGGCCUUCCUCCUCGUCUCCAUCGGCCUCAACAAAUGGAAACUGACCCGAGGAUACGGCGUGCUCUGCUUAUUUGCUUACACUAUCGUGGUAGUUUUGUCGUGUCUCUACGAGCUGAAUGUGUUUGGAGAUUUGAACCCUCCCUCAUGCCCGAGAUGAGUGAGAGUUUACCAAUCUACCGUUUUCCAAACCGUUUUUUUAAAUAUAUUUUUUUCAUUUUCCUCACACUCAGCUUAGACGAAACUACGUCGUUGUGGUAGGUGCUGUAGGCAGGGGCGAUCGUCAUAAUAUUAUUGCGAUGGACUACUCAGGCUGUGUGUCAAAAGUCAAUAGAAUACCGGAACUGAAAAUGGGACAACGGCCAAUGUACCGGAGUCUGAUGGUUGAGAUACUUGAUAUGGACUGUGAUGAUAAAAAAAACUGUGUUUGAAGAAAAGUGUUUUUUACGAUAAUUAUGUAGUGCUUGAAAUAGAAUCAAAAUCUGUAGAGCAAUGUUUAAAGAACUAGCUUCGUCUUGGUUCAUUGUGUGAUUCGUCCCAUUAAAGUUCUUUGGCUCAUAAUACAUGAGUAUAAUGUGUGUGUUUUUUCCUCUUUAAAACCACAGCUCCCAAUCUUCUUCAGAGGGGGCAAUGGCGUGAACGUAUUUUAAUUAUCAGAAUCUGGAAUGAUUAGACCUUUAGAAUUUAUUUCAUUAUUACUUUUACUGAUCGGUCAAGUAAAACUUAGAUCCAAUGAACAUUCUAUCUCCUCAAUUUUACAUACUCGAUAUUUUAUAUUAGGUUCUUUGGAUUUAGGGUCGUUCGAUAUACCGUAAUAUGUUAUCACCUUUUGGCGUGUUUUUCAACGUGAUUGUUUUCGAGAUGUUCAAAAUUCACUGCUCAUUCCUCUAAGCAAAUGUCAGCAAAAUCGACAGAGAGUUUCCUAGCAAAUCCCUUAUCAUUUUUUUUUGGUAAGAUCAAGUUUAGGAGAUUUUUGUGUAAAUACCUUUUUAAUCAAACGUUUUUAGACGUGUGAAAGAGGUGAUGUUGUUGUAAAGCUUCACAGGUACUUAAUAAUAAUGAUAAUAAUGUAGAUCAUAUUUAUAGCUUAAAGGAUACAAGUUCGUUUGCAAUAGGCGAAGACUGAAAAUAGAAUAUAUAAGACGAGUGUUUAUAAGAUUCAUUCUUUUUGUCAGAUCCACUUGUUUGUCAUUCAUUUUAGUUAGCAUUCCAAGUUGUUGUUGGGUUUUUUAUUGCUGUUUGUUUAGAGUUAUUGAAUAUUCGGUUGCUGUCCACAAUGUAAAUGCCCUGCUAACUGGAAGAAAGCACAAAGUUAGAAAAUCGGCCAUUAUUCAGAAUGGUUUGCUUUUCAAACUGAGAGGAUGUGAAACAAGAACUCGCUUAACACGGUUUUCUUAAGCUACUGUUUUUUGUCGGUCUUUUUACUUUAGAUGAUAUUUCUGUUUGAUUGUCCGUGGUCUAUUCAGUUAGUAGAAUCUAAAUUCACCUGUGUUCAUUUGUUUCUGAAUGAUUUAUUCAAUUUUUAAAUUUUUUAUCCACAAGCGGCGACUUACUCUACUGGCAUAUGAUGGAAAAUUUCAAAGCACACACUAGUUUGUGGGUUUGGUUUUUUUAAAAAUAAUGAGCCAUCAUUUUUUUUUCAGAUUUGCGAAGGUGUGGCUUUCAUAAAGUCUUGUAUUUGGUGUGUUUUUGGGUUUUUUUCAAAAAUAAUGAAAAAACUGUUGUUGAUCAUUUUGGUUCAUUGCAUUCUCUGUUCACUUUCACGUAGUUUUCUAAUAUUGUUUUGAAAGAAAACAUGCUCAUGGUUAAAGAAGAAAAGGGGUUUGUGGGGGUGAAGGGAGAAAGGAGAGGUCGACAAAAGAAAGAGACUAGAGACACAUCCACAGAAAA